UUAUUUCAUAAAUUGACGCGUGAAACAUGACGUGUAAAUAACCUAAAUCAUCGUAAAAAUUCAAUACGGCAAGGAAAUAAGUAGUGCUACUUAUAAUUAAUAAUUUAAUUAACUACAAUGGUCUUAAUGACGAUGAUAGCCCGUGUGGCUGACGGGCUUCCACUAGCUGCAACAAUGCAGGAAGACGAACAGUCAGGUCGCAGCAUCUUAGACUACCAGAACCAGGCAAAAAUGCUUUUCCGAAAAUUAGGCCCGCAGUCACCUCCAAGGUGUACAAUAGAAACCGGACCAUAUUUGUUCCAUUAUUUAAUCGAGUACGAAGUUUGUUAUUUAGUAUUAUGUGAGAAAAAUUACUCCAAGCGAUUGGCGUACUCAUACCUGGAAGACAUCGCACAAGAAUUCCAUUCUCAGCAUGGUAAAAGAGUAAAUACAGUUACUAGACCAUAUACAUUUAUUGAGUUCGACACAUAUAUCCAGAAGGCCAAGAAAGUAUUCACUGACUCAAGGUCGCGGCGCAAUUUAAACACCAUAAAUAAUCAGCUCCAGGAUGUUCAGAGGAUUAUGGUGCAGAACAUUGAUGAUGUAUUGCAACGAGGAACAGUUUUGUCAGAGCUCGACACUAAAACGCAGAACCUCUCUAUGCUAACGCAAAAAUACAAGAAGGAUGCAACUUAUCUCAAUACUAAGUCGAUGUAUGUGAAAGCGGCAGCGGGAUGUAUUGUGGUGUUCGUUAUCUUUCUAUACUUCUGGGUUCUCUAGGUGAAGACGGGAAACUGAUCAAAUUCUUGCUAUCACGGUUAUGUGGUGAUGUUAUUUUUUUCCUACUAGGGAGCUAAUUUGUGGUCUAGACACUAUAUUUACUUCAAUAAAAAUUGUUUUAUUUUU